AUGAAGUUCUUCACCAUCGCCCUUCUCUCUUCCGUUAGCACCGUCAUGGCUAUUGACUGCUUCUGCGUUACCACUGACGAUGACGUUGCCGCUGGUCGGCUUCCUCAGCGCACGUUCAGGCUCAGUGGUCGUUGCGAGGAACUCGGAGGGAAACCUGAUAUCGAGUCACGUACUUGCGAAUUACUCCCGGAUGCUGCUGCUUUCACUGAGGCGGAUUGCAACGCUGACUCUGGCGACAGAGUCCUUGUUCCCAACUGCUUUGCUUCUGUUCUCUAA